UGCAGCCUCCAGGAGGACCAUCGCGAGCCUAUCUUUUGCGUCACCUUCAACAACUUUGAUAUGGCCCACCGGGAUGUUUUCGCCACCGUGGGGCAACACCGGGUGCGUGUCCGGGCACGCGGCCGGAGGGGUUCCGAAGCCGGCAGUGGAGGUGGGGCCGAAGGGGACAUCGGUGAGAAGUUUUACUGCUGCAAGUGGUCGGUAGACGAGGAAAGCGGCGCGGCGUUGCUGCUGCUUGCCGGGGAGAAGGCGCUGGUGCGGGUGCUGGACGUCAGCCGCGGCUACCUAGUGCAUACGUUUGCAGGCCACGGCAAGGUCAUCAACGACAUUGCCGUACACCCCAGUCGUCCGCGCCUCUUCCUAUCAGCAGCUGAAGACGAAAGCAUACGACUGUGGAACAUCCGGUCCCGCACUUGCGUUGCGAUAUUUGCGGGCGAAGGCGGUCACCGCAACAAGGUGCUCAGCUUGGACUUCCACCCUUGGGACGGUGAACGUUUCUUGUCCGCCGGAAUGGAUAACGCAGUCAAGAUAUGGAGCUUGGCGCCCAUUGAGCGACUGAUCGACGAGUCGGAUGCGGCCGUGGAUGGCUGCGUGGACAGUGGCGAGGGCGGCGUCGCCACGGCGGCGGGCUUACGGCGGGCCUUUCCCACACGCGUCGUACAGCAACCAUUGUUUUCCACGUUGCAGGUCCAUAAUGACUACGUUGACUGCGUGCGUUGGCUGGGGGACUUGGUGCUCUCAAAAUCCGUACAUGACGUCAUUACGUUAUGGCGACCCGGGGGACACGAGCUUCACUUGCGUCCUCCUCCCAACCCCUCAUCUUCUCCCAUGCAGAAUUUUAAGUUGUCCGAUAGCCAUCGUACCUGGUUUGUCCGCUUUUCCUGCGACGUGCAGUAUUCUGUGCUGGCGUGCGGCAGCGCCAGGGGCAAAGUGUUCGUUUUCUCGCUGCUCGCCACUACACUGGCUGGCACCGAAGGGGCACCAAGGGCCAAGUUAACCGCACCGCAGUGCAAAGUGGUGGUACGACAGACGGCAGUUAGCUAUGACGGCACUACCAUCCUGGCCAGCUGCGAUGAUGGCUCCGUGCACCGCUGGGAUCGGGACAACAGUAUGGAGGUGGUCCCAUGA